AUGGGUGACACCGGCGCGAACAUGGGCCACUGGGCGGGCAUCUACGGCGUCGGCGGCAAUGGGGCCGCGACGGCCGAGGGCAGCGUGGUGACGGUGUCUAGCCCGACGUCCGGGGGCUCGGGCGGCGGGAGCCCCACGAGGUCGGCGCCCGGGGUCGAGGGAGGCCGCGUCGGCAAGCCGGCGCGGCGGAGGUCCCGCGCGUCGCGCCGGGCGCCCGUCACGCUGCUCAACACCGACACCACCAACUUCCGCGCCAUGGUGCAGCAGUUCACCGGCAUCCCCUCCGGCCCCUACGGCCCGGCUGGCGCGGGCGGCGGGCCCGUGAUCAGCUUCGGCGCGGGCGGCGGCGACUACGGCCUCGGCGGCGGCAUGCCGGUGCGCCCGUCGCCGAGCUCGGCCGUGAUGUCGUUCGACCACCUCGGCCACCACCGCCCGUCCGCUGUCACCUCGUCCCUGCAGCAGCAGCAGCAGCAGCAGAGCCGGCUGUUCCGGCCGCAGCAGCAGCAGCAGCAGUACGGCGACUACGGCGGCAUGCACGGAGGCGGCGGCGCGGACAUGUCGUUCCUGCACGGGUUCGAGUCGUCGGCCGAGGACAGGCUGCUGCUGCAGAGCAUCCAGGCGGCGCAGAUGCUGCCCCGCCCGGCCUCCACUAACACCCCCAAUGGCUACAACUUCGGAUGA